GGGCGCCCCAGGGAGAGAGGCCAAUCAGCCCCGCGCACUGCCCAGCUUACAUCCUCCCUCUUCCUGCCUCCAUCUAUCUCUCCCCCCCCCUCCCUCUUAUCCUUUCUCCUCCGAGUACCCUCGCUACCCUCUGCCGCCAGCAAUGUCCUCCGACGAGCAGGACUUCUCGCCCAUGGACGAUAUGUUCGAGGAGCCGAGCGACUACCACGCCCCGCCUCCGGCCCCGACGCAGCACACUGUCGCCCGCCAGGAGGGCUGCAUUCCGGACGGUACCCCGGCCGCAUGGGACCUGGUCCUGGUGGGCCAUCACUCCCUGUGGGCGCACUGCCUAUGGAAUGCCGGGGUCUUCCUGGCGCAUCACUUUGAUGCGCAUCCGGAGUUGGUUCGCGGCAAGACGGUUCUGGAGCUCGGCGCGGCGGCCGCCCUGCCCUCCUUCGCGGCGGCCACCCAGGGUGCCGCGCUGUCCGUCGCCACCGACUACCCGGAGAAGCCGCUGAUCGACAUGAUUACCAACAACGCCGAGAAGAACCUCCCUGCGGCGGUUGCCAACGGGUCGCUUGUGGUGCAGGGCUACCUGUGGGGGGCGGACCCGCAGCCGCUGCUGGACCGCCUGCCCGAGGGCAAGACGCGCUUCGACUUGCUGGUCCUGGCUGACCUGCUGUUCAACCACAGCGAGCAUCAUGCCAUGCUGCGGUCGGUGCAGAACACCAUGGCUGAGGAUGGGCAGGCGAUUGUCAUCUUCAGCUCGCAUCGCCCUUGGAAGGCCGACGCGGACCUGAACUUCUUCAACCUUGCCAAGGAGGCGCCGUACCACUUCGAGGUGGAGAAGGUCCUGGAGACCAAGAUGAAGCCCAUGUUCGAGAAUGACCCUGGGUGCGAGGAGAUCCGCUCGACCGUGCUCAUGUUCUCUCUGCGCCAUGGGAAGCCUGCGUCCGAGUGAGCGAGAGGGUCGGCAAAUGCGUGUAUAGCCAUCCUGCCGCCCGGGCGACAGGGGUCGCACAGUGUGUCUCAUCCAGCGAGGAGGAGAACAACGCAUCGAUCGACGUCACGAGAUAUACUCGUGUCUAUGUGCAUAUCUUUGUCUGUGUGUGUGUGUGUGUGUG